AAGUCAAACCUCUCAUGAAUAAGGAGUAUGACUCUAACCUUCUAUGCGCGUUUAAAAAAUACACACAGGUCAUGGAGGACGAAGGUUUUGCUUUAAUACGUCGUGUUUGGAGGCUGGAUUCUGAUUUUUCUUGAGGGGGUUUGUCUGCCACCUUUGGCCCUCCUUAAGAGGAAGCUGUGACACUAGUGGGAGGGUUUUAUUCCAGCCAGCAGAUCUCUUCGGACUCACACAGUUCUGCUCGACGUAUUGUGUGCCAUGGCAUCUCCACUGAAGAGUCUGGUUAAUGAUGAUAGCAGGUACCAGAAAUCCUUCCAGCUUUUUCUGGAGCGCUCAUCCGAGCAUCAGUGUAUGCAGGACUUCAUCCACAAUAAGCUGCCAGACAUACUGGCCAGCAUUGGAAAUGGAAAGUCUCAUCUAAAUGUCAUAGGAGUUGGAAGUGGAGCUGGUGAGAUUGACUUAGAGAUACUCUCCGAGCUCCAUAUGAAGCACCCAGGGGUGACUGUGGAUAACGAGGUGGUGGAGCCUAGCAGCCAGCAGCUACAUAACUACAGAGGUACAGCCUUUAUAGUUUUGGUGUCACAGAAACCAGGUUUAGACUACAUCAAAUUUACCUGGAACAAGAUGACUGCCUCUGGGUUCGAGGAGCACUGGAAAGUGAAAAAUAUGACAAAGAAAGCUGACUUCAUUCACAUGAUACAGAUGCUGUACUAUGUGAAGGAUCCUGGAGCUACCAUCAACUUCUUCCAGAGUCUCCUUGACAAGAAUGGGAAGCUUCUUAUCAUUCUAGUGUCUGGGGAGAGCGGUUGGGGAAAGCUGUGGCGGACUUACAGGAACCAGCUUUGUAACACAGAAAUAAGUCAGUGUGUGACCACUGGAGACAUCAAAAGCUUCCUGGACUCCAGGGGGGUGAGCUACCAGAGCUAUGAGCUGCUGUCUCAAAUGGAUAUCACCGAGUGUUUCACUGAGGGGGAUGAGAAGGGAGAGCUGCUGCUUGAUUUUCUCACUGAGGUGCUGGACUUCAGUAAGACAGCCUCACCUGAGCUGAAAGCUGGUGUCAUGGAGUUACUUCGACACCCAGACUGUAGUGUUGAGUCCAACGGCAAAGUUAUCUUUAACAACAACCUUGGAGUGAUAGUCAUAGAUCAGGUCUCUUAAAAAAUGUUUUGUUAGUAUAGUGAAUAUGAAAUUUGCAGUAUAUGCGUAACACAGUUGUCGAGUUUUAAGCAGGGCGUUUGUUCAAAAUUGUACAUUAUAUAAUCAACUGUAUAUGAUUAACAAACUUUUUAGUGUAAAUUCAAAAUGCCUUGUUUUACAUGGUCAAUGGUACAAACGUCCCGCACAAUCUGAAGUUUCUCGAGGAAUGUCUGUGAAGAUUCACCUCAUCCAAGAAGCUUCUUCUAUUCUGACUGAGUCCAGUGCAGUGAGGAAUGCACAGACCUAUAUAUAGGUGAAACUAAACAACCAUUUAUCUACACCUGAAGGAUAAGGGACACUCCUUUGAUGACAACAACAUACAGAAUUUGAAUGGGGAAGUCAGUUAGUUUGAAAAAGGAGCAAAGGAGGCAAGCUGUGUUGAAAUAAGGAAACUAUCCCUCAACAGAGGAGGAGGUGUACAACACCACUUAUCUCCCAACCACAAUGCUGUCCUUUCACCCCUUCCCAGGAGAUUUUAUAACCAUUCACACUUGGCCUCAGGUGACUCCAGCGACUUUAACAACUAUUGUUACAACAGCCAGGAGCACUAAUGAACCAAAUGACAUCAAUUGCUGUGGAAAUGAUCGCGCAGAGGUUAUACACCUGGGACUCCCCACCAGUCAGUCAGAACUGAAGAAGGCUCUUGGAUGACAGGUAAAAAGCCUUAAAGUAUCUGCAACCAAGUCCAGUUGCCCUUGAUUCAACCCUUCUUGGGUUAUCCCCAGGCAUCUACUUUGAUUUUAUACAUUUUCUAAGAACACUUAUUUUGGUUUGAUACAGUAUUAUUAACUGAUAUGUUAAUUAAUUAACAUGUUAAUUGUUUUUUUCCAAACGCAUUUGUUUCAUUGUCCUGAUCCACUCACAUUUCCAAAAAAUGUAAAGUUCAGAGUUUUAAUCAGCUUCAGACUCUAGCAUCAUAUGAUUUUAAUGGGCUACAGUUGCCAUGCUGUGCUGCCAACCCCAUUACACUGCUGCUCUCAUUGGAUCAUAUAACUUUGGAAAUAUAAAAAUAAAUGGAAAAUUGAACAUUUAA